AUGACCACACAGGAAAAACCACAGAAGAAACACUCAAUUAAGCCACACAACAAAGUCCGCACUGGUUGCGUGACAUGUCGACGACGGCGAGUCAAAUGUGACGAGUCCAAACCAACAUGCAUGAGAUGUAGGAGAGGUCGACAUGACUGUGCUGGAUACAACACACCAGUGGCAUGGAUCUUUGAUCCAUUUUCACAUCUCGAUGGAGAUCGACCACCCGACAAGACCAAUCCGCUCCACAGAUCUACGGACCAUCAGCAAUCUCUAACGAUCAUCGAAUUUGAACGACCUCAGAUCAAUAAUGUCAUCACUACACAGGUUCAAACCCUUCCACAACGACGGAACAGUCGCGGCAGCAAUCCAUCGUCAUCAGCGAGAUUUACAUUGACAUCCCAUCCGUCAUCCCGCACAGCUUCAGCCUCGGCCUCAUGCUCAGGUUCAGCAUCGACCAAUGACUCUUCCAACAGUACCAGUCCCAAAAUCUCACAGUCACUCCCGCAUCUUCUGGAAUGGACCCCGGAGGAAGGCUCCCGAUUCCAAUAUUACAUGGCCAUCUGUCGAACGACACUAGAAACCGCACUCGAAUCCGACGCGGAGCUAUUCUGCACGAUUCUACCACAAGCCAGCCACCGAGUGCCCGCGAUCCGGUCCGCGCUAGUCUGUUUCGCCAGCUACGCCGAAAGCCUCGCCGAGACCGAUCCAAUACGACGACAAUCGCAUCGCCAAGUUGCCGAGCGACAGUAUGAAAAAGUCCUACUCUCAGCAGCAUCGAUCGGCGGAUCUCGAAGAUCCGACUCAGAUUGGCUGGAGGUAUUCCUCGUCGCUUUGUUGUUGCGAUGUAUCGAAACCUAUCGUCACGACUAUCUUCGUGCAAAAACCCAUCUAGUGGGGUCCGCGAGGAUCGUCACUGAGAAAGGCGGGAUUGGUCACUUUCGAAAUCCAGCCCUGGCAAUCGACAAUAGUAUCAAGCAUAUCAUCUCCAGAGUGGAUGCAAAGGUUCGUUUGGAAGCCGUUCAGCCGGAUCUGGCGAGGAUUUCUCCAAUGACCCCCUUUCUGGAGUUCAAUUCGGUGGUGAGUACAAUUUGUAAGAGGUUGAAGGCUUUAAGGGAAGGGCUUGUUUAUGGAGAUGAAGAUACCGCCAACAAGAUGAAAGUCAUCUGUCAGUGUGUGGAUGAACUCGACCGUUAUUUCAUCUCUUUCCAAAAUGUUACGAAAUCACCAGACGAUAAGGGCCAGCCCUCGUCUUCGUCUAUAUAUCUGCAGGUUCAGUAUGAGAUAUGUCGACUGGUAUUGCUUGAAUUGGCAGAUGAAGGUCAUGGAACAAGACGAUCUUUGUCAUCAACAUCAACAUCAACAUCAACAUCACCCUCUUCCCUUCAAUCUCCCCAUCAACACAUCCUCGACCUCAUCAUUCAAUUCGCCGAUCUUCAACACCCACCUCACCCACACUCACAUCUAGACUCAACGUCACCAAAAACAGUCCACUACCGCGGAAAACGACGAGUCUACCUAGGAUUCGGAGUUGAACUCAUCCCAUCAGUCCUAUUCAUAGCGACUGAAUCACCUGACCGAGCGACACGAAGAUCAGCCAUUUCAUUCCUACGGUCUAGUUACCGACAAGAAUGGUUGUGGGACAGUUUCAAUGCGACGAGGAUUGCUGAGUGGUUGACAAGUCAACACGAAGAUAUCGUGGAUGACGGAAUUGAUGGAACGAGCCAGGGAUCUGUGGAUGGCGAGGACGGUCGAAAUAAUGCUGACGCUGAUGGAUCGAAUGAUAACGAUCAUCGCUCAUCUUUACGUUCACAUUCACAUCCAUCGUCGUCGUCGUCGUCGUCGUCGUCGUCAUCCCAAUUCCAAUCCCAGCCUCACCUCCUCCACAGAUACCACCACCCCAUCUCCGCAACAUUCCACGUCCCACACACCACGAACCCAUCCCACAAAAGCACCACCUCCACCUCCACCUCCUCUUCCUCCACCAGCCCAGAAAGUCCAUUCCACCGGGCAACAUGGAUCCAAUUAAAACUACGAACCUCCGGUUCUGGAAGCGGCAAUACCAACACCAACACCAAUACCACUACAACUCACUGGCUAAACUCAGACGAAAACAACUUCCAGGAUCAAGUCAAGAAUCUCGAACCUCCUUAUCCGUCUCUCCCUCGUUACACGGUGCCAGGCCCGUUCUGGCCGUCGGCGGCUCAAGCGAUUUGGAAUUCUUGGAAUGGUGGUGGUGGUAGAUGAAAAGUGGGAAAG